UCAUGACGUUCAUUUUCACUUCUGCACUAACAUCUUGGCGUCCCCUCUCAUUGGGUCCGCACGCCUUUCUCUCCACAAUCAUCUCCCCCCACGUUCUCCUCGAGCUUGCUCAUUCUCCCUGAGCUUCAACGUCCAGGGUUGUUGAAGAGAGCGUAGCUGGUGUAGGGCUCCACGAGUGCACAUAGAUAUUCUCUGGGUUGCUUAUUGUCCACUCUUGAUUCCACCUAUAUCCUUCAGACUUUUCCACCAUCCCAAUUUUUUCAACGUCAAUAUUUUAAAAGCAUUUACCAUUCCAAUCCUCAAAAACAAUGACAUCGAUACCGCCAGAUCCAGACACAACCACAGACACGGCCCUGGAAAUCAAGAGCCGAGGCGAAGAAUAUGAAGCCCAACACGUGCACUCCGUUUACGAAGAAAUCGCCAGUCAUUUCUCGAGCACGAGAUAUAAGCCAUGGCCGAUCGUUGAGCGCUUCUUGAAAGAGCAGCCAGAUGGAUCCAUAGGCGCGGAUGUGGGGUGCGGGAAUGGGAAGUACCUCGGUGUGAAUGAUAGGGUUUUUAUCAUUGGGAGUGAUCGCUCCACAAACCUCACCCGCAUCGCCACCCGCCACGCCCCCCACUCCGCCAUCGUCGCCUCCAUCCUCGCCCUCCCGCACCCACACAACGCCUUCGACUUCGCCAUAUCCAUCGCCGUAAUCCACCACCUCUCGACCCCGGAGCGGCGCAUAGAAGCCGUCCGCUGCGUGCUAGAGCUUCUACGACGCCCAUCGACGCCAGAUGCCCAGGAUGGAGGGAAAGCGCUGAUUUAUGUGUGGGCGCUGGAGCAGAAGGAGAGUAGAAGGGGGUGGGAUGAGGGUUGUGAGCAGGAUGUUAUGGUGCCGUGGGUUAUGAAGGGGAAGAAGGAGGGAGGGAGGAAGGCAGGUCGGAAGGGGAGAAGGAGGAGGAAGCAGGGGGAUGGAGAUGGGGUUGGCGAACAGGAGCAGGACGAAGGCUCGGAACACCAGAUGGGAGCGGGCCAAGGAGACCAGGAGGGAGAACAGGAAGAGGGACAGAAGGAGCCGGGGGAUAAGACGUAUCUGCGGUAUUACCAUUUGUAUCGAAAAGGCGAGCUGGAGCAUGACAUUGAAGAGGCAGGUGGAAGAGUGGUUGAAUGUGGGUAUGAGAAGGAUAAUUGGUGGGCAAUAGCGACACCCAAAGGCGAUACCUGAGGUUGCUAGGCAAAAGGCACAUGGAAACAAGCCAAACCGACUUGAUGAAAGGUUAGUCCCAUAUGGAUUUCAUUGUUGCCGC